AUGGAUCCUUCCAACGACAUUGAAUCAGACUCGGACGAGUAUGAAUAUGAGUACCAUGAAUCAGAGAAAGAGACCUUUUUCUUGAAUCUAGACCUCACAUCCAUUCACGGUCCAUUGCGCGCUCCACGGCAACGAUCAAAAUCACCACAUGAGAACUCAACACAGGAGAACCAGGAUCCAGACAAUCCAGGAAACCACAACGACCAGAAUGGAACCAACGAUGACAAUCCCGAUGAAGUUGACAAGAAUAAUGCUUAUGCCUCUAUCGAGGGGACCCCCGGUGAUCGAAUUCAAAUCUUAGGUCUUCACGAGGACAACCCUGUCGUCACCUACCAUAACCAGGUCUUUAGCUGCUCAUGGGCAGAUCAGAUUGGUACUGAAUUGAUUUUUACUACCCCUGAAACAAGCCUUGAUACAGCUGUACCCUUGCACCAGGGUCCAGGGUACCAGCUCGUCACCGCCAAUAGUGUCAAGAUCUUAGGUCGCAAAUCAAAUCUCAUGUCAAGUGCUGGAACCCUGUUUGAAUUACAAGGCGCGGGACCUUCCUUCGCAAUACCUGUAGCCGAUGAUGCAGAUUUAGCACCUCGGGCGUUUGGAACACGUCGCACAGCUCAAACUCCCCAAACCCAUUUCAUCCGGCACUUGCAGAAUAUCAAGGAUGCCAAGGGCCAAACAGAUACUGUGCGUGUUGUUAUGAAGAAGCAGAGCAACAUGGCAAUCACAGACCGGUUGAAUUCAUGGGCUCGAACAGAAGCCCAGAUGGCUCGGGUUCAAAUGUUGACCAAGAGGGCUGCGGAGGGAGAUGACGAUGCACUGGAAUCUAUUGAAGAUAUAUUGGAUGAAUUGGAUGAAUGGGACGAAUACAACGCCCAACUGUGA